AUGGCGAGGCCUUCAGUGCGGAGUUCCCGGGUGUUUUCCGGUAGGAGAUCGGCGUCACCAGUUCCGCUGGUUCUAGGGUUGCUGCUGAUGAUGUCGAUUGUUCUUCUCGUGCUGCUUGCUCUCGGCAUCCUCUCGCUUCCUGUCUCCGCCGACUCUUCCAAGUUGAAACCAGUCGUGGUGCGGGGCCUGAAGGAUGCAUCUGACGAGACUAAGAUGGGCGCAACGGAAAGGUACCUAAGCUAUCCGCUUUGUAGAGAUCGGAUCUGAGGUGAAUUACCUGCCAGAGGUGGCGUUGGCCGACGGAUGCUGAAUUGCCUUUGCAUUUCCUUUGCAGUGAUGAGCUUUGGGAUAGAGAGGAGCAGUGGUCAGAAAUCCUCUCCUGGGAGCCAAGAGCGUCUCUCUAUCAUAAUUUCCUGGUAUGGCAUUUUCCCACCUCUACCGUACGCAUGUUCCUCUUUUUUAUUUCUAUUGCUUGGUUUAUGAUGUAGAUUAGAGGUGGCAGCUGUUCUAAUUAAUAUCUUCCCCCCCUCCCCCGGAUACUUUAUUGAGAAAGUCCUUUUUAGAUGAAGUUCAGUAGAGCACAUCAUGUAAAAAAAGCUCUAUACUAAAUAUACUUUAACAAGCAGUUUCAUUUGUUUGAGGAACAAUAUUGUUCAGAGUCGUUUUUUUUCUUAUUUUCAUUAAUGGUAAAGUUUGGUCUUCAGUUUGGUUGGUAGCCGUAGGGGGUGGGGGGGGUGGUGUUCAGGUUCCGGGGAUACUUUAAUUUUCUUAGAGAUGGACAGUGAAAAGUUUCAGUCUUUGAUUACUUGACAAUAUUUCGAAAAUCUGUCGUGGCUGUGAUAAUCUAAGCUCGGAGAUAAUACGACUUUUAUGUCUUCAAUUGCUUGGAUCUUUUUAGGCAUCAAUCUCUCCUACUCAUUGGUGCGUCCUAUAUCUUCUGACCGAAUCUUCGAAUGAUCUCUGUUUAGAAGGAUGAAAGCGAAUGUUGAUACUGGGAUCUUUAGUUUUCUCUGCAUGAAAUUUCUUCGCAUCCCUUACAAUAUUAUGCUCAUAAAAUAUCCCCCUCUUCCUCGUGACAACGUAAUUUUGAAAGUUUUUCCUGGCUUCUCAGCCGUCUUUAUGUUUUAUGUUUGUCUUCAGAAGUUUGUCUAUGGGGAAAUCGGCAACCGUGAUAGGACUAAAUGCUGUCUCUUAGAUUCCGUAAUUAUAGCCCUCAGAAUUAAGCACUUAUCCCUUAGAGAGUGGGAGAGGCGGAGGCCUCCAAUAUUCGUAUCACAGAUACUGGAAAAAGAUAAAUGGGACAAGAUAUCUUUGUAAUCUGCAGAUGUAAAAACUCCAUUUGGUUCAAAAUCUUACUUGACAGUGUGUUCCUAGUCACAUGGUAAUGUAGCCUGAUGAUAUUACAUGUUUCUGUGACUGUAUAGAACAAAAAGCUAUGGAUAUUGCAGUGCUGCAUCCUUUUCAUUGACGAAUGAAUUCGUUUCAAGAUUGAGUCAUAAUGGACAAGAGGUUUAUCUGGAGCUUGCAUUGCUAAAGUGAGUUCUGUGAGUUGCCAUCUUCUAUCAAUAUUGUAGUCAGGGAAACACUACGAAUGUUUUUGGAGAGUAAAUAUUUUUUUACUUUCAAGGAUUAGAACCUUAUUAAGGCUGUUGGGACAGAUUAACGAGAAAAUAGUGCGUCUUUGUGGUGGAGGCUCGUUGAGAUCCUUGGUUUUUAUUCAAUAAUUUCUUCAGCAAUUAUUGGAGAUAAUAUGGCACAGCUUAGCAUGAUUUUGUGCUUUCGAGAUUUCCAGAGGUAGCUUUAGCAUUUCUCUAUUCUGGUCUGUAUGUCAGGGGUAAAUGCUCUCAUAUAAUAUUCUUACUCUGAACAUUUUUUGCCCUUAAUGGCACAAGUUGUGUAAUUUGCCUGGGAACUAAAAUUUUUUUUAGUAAACGGCUGAGAACUGCUUAAUUUUAGUCAGAACAUAUCUGUUUUCUAAUUCCUUGUACAGUCCAAGGCGGAGUGCGAACAUUUGAUUCAGCAAGCAAAGCCUCGCAUGCAUAAGUCAACAGUUGUUGAUAGUAAAACUGGGAAAAGCAUGGACAGCAGGUAUUUGUCAUUCACAAGUUCAACUAUGGAACUUCUGUUGAUCUGUUGUUAGGAAUGACUCGUGUAUAUGUGUCGAUGUUUUCCUAUCUAAGAUAGUCUCACUAUUCUUUUCCCUUUAUCAGAGUUCGCACAAGCUCAGGAACAUUCCUGAAAAGAGGUCGAGACAAAAUCGUUCAAGCCAUUGAGAAAAGAAUUUCGGAUUUCACAUUCAUCCCUGUAGGUUAGUUAAGGCAUACAUUAAAAUUUGGGGGUUUUAGUUCAGUAUGUCAUUCAGUUUUUGAGUUUUGAUACCAGGUUUCGAAAAUAAAUUACAAGUUCGCUUUUUUCUUUUUACUUAACCCAAGCUUCUGUAGUACUGUCAUUCAAAAAUAAAAAGUUGUAGUAAAUCUGAAAAUUGAUAUGUACUGAUGACGGGAAAAUUGUACCUAUAGUUCCUUUUAAAUGAUGUAAGUUUCUUGUUAAUUCCAUUCGUAUGCGUAGGUUAAUAAAUUUGCAACAUGAAAUUUGAUUCUCAAAGAUUUGAAGAUUAAGGGGAAUAGUCUUUGUUUUACCGUUUUAUCUAGGAGAACGUAUUUCCCUGGCCCCCAAGGUGAGUGGUUGUUAGCGAGAGAGGUGACCAUCCCUGGAGAGGUAACGUAGCCGAAAAAAAUAUCCCUUGGAGAAAUUAGUUCUAGUGCCCUUUUGACCAUUACCCCAUUUCUUGGAUUGUACAUGGAGAGGAGUAACACACUGCAACUUUUUGGUUGGGCCUACACCUUUGCAACUAGUGAAGUUUUUAUGUUUGUUCGCAGUAGGCCCAAGGGACAGGAGAGAGAAACACAUCCUAAAGGAGGGGAAGCCUGCAGUGUAUCAUGAAGCUGAGAACCUUGUGACCUUGGGGGGCAUAUGGAUGGCUGAAUUACUGUUAUUCGAGCAGAAGGAGAAGGGAUAGUGAUUUGGAGGUGUUCAGAGUGUAGAUACAAGUGGUAGACACAGGUGGUGUUGGAGAGGCAGUGAAGGAUACAGGUCAGUGGAACAGUACUUGUUGGCACGAAGUUCCUUUUAAUGAUUUUAGCAUAAUCUAGCAAAAGCUAUGGCCAAAAGUGGUAGUUAGCAUGGCGCCUCGCGUUUGCCUUUAAAGGAACUUGAACUUAUGCAGGGGUUAUCAAUAACGCCAGAUUGAAAAGGGUCUUUCUCAUCUGGGUCGGUAUCACUUUGACCUGUAUGUUUAGAAUACCGUAUGGAUACGCUUCGUUUGGAUGUUCACUGAGAAAGGAUUUCAAGGCAAUAUGCCCCAUCUUAAAGGUCGCUGAGUGCGGAGGUUGAUACGGAGAUCUUGUCAUUUUUAGCGAUACCUCCUAGGGUUAUAUGGUUGCAUUGCGAAAGGUUCAUCUUCCUCGUGAUAGACAAUCAUUGAAUGGCAUUGGAAAUUAAGUGAUAGCUAGGAUGUUUUGGCUUCUGGCAUAAAAUCAUUGCUGGAGAAGUAGUGGAGGAAUAGGGAAGGAGCGUUGAUGGGUGUUGUCUGCAUUCUGGUUGGUCUAGUGGUACCUGAGAAUUGUCUGUGGACAUAUGCAUUGAGGGUCAGUCAUUUGUCUCAUGUUUUGGUAACUGAUUGGAUGUGAAAGGAGUUCAAUAGCCACUGAUUGGAUGUCUCCAUUGCCCAAAUCCUAGUCAACUGUAUAGGUCAAGAGACCUUGAUUUGUAGGGCGAUGUGUGCUUGAAGAUUUAUCUAGAUUUCAGCGUGUAAUUUUGAUGCAAUUUUAUUUUCUUCACCUCUGGCAACGGAUUCAUUCGGUUUGAUUCUUUGAUUCUGCUUAGAUUGUGUUAUUACUCCAUUAAAUAACUCUUUUAUUUACAGAGCAUGGUGAGGGCCUUCAGAUUCUUCAUUAUGAAGUAGGACAGAAAUAUGAACCUCAUUAUGACUACUUCCUCGAUGAAUUCAACACCAAGAACGGGGGUCAACGGAUAGCUACUGUGCUUAUGUAUCUGUUAGUAUAUAGUCUAUUUUGUACAUUUUUUACAUAUCAUUAUUUUUAUGCAAAAAUUAAUCCUUUGACUUCUCAUCGAGCACAAUCUGCGCACCAUGUGUUUUCAAUUUUCGCUGUUGGUACAGUUCAGAUGUUGAAGAAGGUGGUGAGACGAUUUUCCCCGCUGCCAAUGUGAACAGUAGCUCUCUACCAUACUACAGUGAGCUAUCUGAAUGUGGUAGAAGGGGGCUUGGUGUCAAGCCCAAGAUGGGAGACGCAUUACUUUUCUGGAGUAUGAGGCCUGAUGCAACUCUUGAUUCAUCCAGUUUACACGGUUAGUGCUUCAGCUAUGUGGAAAGUACAAGAAGUCAACCCAAAUUUCAGUCAUCUCGACGGUUUUUUAUAGACAUUUGACUUUAUCUUGAGAGACUCUGGUACUGAAUGAUUUUUAUUUUUUUUUUGUUUAGUUUUUUUUUAGAUCUCAUGCAUUAUAAAUAGCAAAUAAAGUCCUGCGGUAAGAUCGAUUGGCCCCAUUGGUUUUAAGCUGAGAUGAUAUCAGAUUUGAAGGCUAUCCAUGGGACGUUAUCCAAUAAUCUGGGUAUAGUAUCGGAGUCAAUGGUUGUUCCUGGGCUGUAUGUGUCCCAUCUAUGUUGUCGUCUGCAUGUCAUGUCAGAAGUCAACGCGGAUUAUAAAGCAAAGUUAGAACAGCUCUAUAUAAGAACCUGGUUAUCAGAUAGGAAAUUUCCUCCGCUUAUUGCCAAUUAGCUUUGAGUUGAAUAGCCCGAGUUUGCCCUGGUGGGGGGUUGACUCCCAUGUCCGGAAGCUAGUUUUAUGUGCAUCAUCAUAUGGAUUUUCUCUAAUUGCAUAUCUUCUCUCUCUCUCUCUCUCUCUCUCUCUCUCUCUCUCUCUCUCUCUCUCUCUCUCUCUCUCUCUCUGUGCCCAUCUUGCAGGAGGAUGUCCUGUGAUCAGAGGGAACAAGUGGUCCUCAACGAAGUGGUUGCAUGUACGUGAGUACAGGACCUGA